CUUUCAUGAGGGGCGUAGCCUUUUGCUCAGGCAAGCUGUCCUGCGGGGCUCAGUAUUGGGCCAUUGUUGUUCGCGAUCUAUGUAAAUGACUUGACCGGGGGAGCUAGGAGUGUCAUCACUAACGUUUGCUGACGACCUUAAGUUCUGAAUUAUUGUGGAUAUCGCGGGGAUCCUGUGGACUUCUUGGAUAAGAUCUGGGAAUGGUCUACCUUAUUGUUGAUGCCCAUCAUUAAGGCCAAGUGCUGUGUUCUAAUCGGAGCUGCUCAUCCUCUCACCCGAUAUGUUGUCCGCGGUCGUGAAAUCCCUGUUGUCACUCAGCAGGUUGAUUUAGGGGUCGUACACUUAGCAGCACUUCACUCUGGUGACAAUUGGAAGAAGGCUGCUUGUCGGGGGUUUCAUAUGAUGUGGUUUAUUCGCCGCUCUUUCGGAGUCCUAACGGCCGAUUUCUUUGUGAAGCUAUUCUCAGCAUCCGUCAGACCCCACCUGGAAUACUGUAUCCAGGCGUUUACCAUGUCUAAUCGGAGAAAAAAUGGAUUUGGAGAGGAUGUUACGAGUGAGCACUCGGUUAAUGCAGGAUCUACGGGGACAGACGUAUCCUGAACACUUGUUUAUUUUGGGGUUGUACUCCAUGCACUACCGAAGGAUAAAAGGGGACCUGAAUCUCACUUAUCGUAUUUUGACGGGUAGGAUCAGCCCGAAUUUGUCAGGUCUAUUUAGUCCCG